GAGGAUGUCCUUUGUGUUUGGCCCCUUCACUGGUGUCCACUUCCCCUUUGACCUCUCCCAUGUUAUGUCACAGCAGGAAAGUCCUUGCUGUAAGCCAGCGCCAUGCCCUUAAACUUCCUCGCCUACCGAGCUGUGAACUAAAUAAACUUCUUUUCUUUAUAAAUUACCCAGUGUCAGAUAUUCUGCUAUAGCAAUACAAAAUGGACAAAGACUGAACUUUUUAAAAAAAUGAUGACCCUAAUAAUUCCCCAAUAUCUAAUACCUGAUCUGUGUUUAGAUUUCCUCAAAUUCUCAAAAAUAUUUUCUUAUAGUUGUUCCAAUGAGGAUUGAAGCAAGGUCCAUAUGUUGCAUUUAGGUGAUAUGUCCCUGUGGUCUUUAACAUUUUCCCCACCCCCUUACCUUUUUUAUGUCAUUUAUUUAUUGAAGAAAGUGGGCAAUUUGAUCUGUCAAAUUUCUCUAUUCUGGAUUUAGCUGAUUGCGUAAGAUAACAUGGCAUUUGGUUUAGUACAAAAUUCUAUAUUUUAACAUACCACUUUUUUAUCUUGUUUUUCAGAGAGCAUCAUGAAUUUUAUUUUACUACAUGAACAAGUUUAAGAGUCUCAUAACAUUUUUAUUUUGUACUUAAGGAAGCUGAGACAAAGAAAGGAUUUUCCAGAAACAGCCUACCUAAAAAGUACCAGACCACUCAGUAUUUUCCUUGGUAAUAUUGAAAGCCUGAUAAACUAUAGUCUUAUCAGAAGUAUCACAGGAUGAAACAUUUUAGCAAAGACCUCUGCUUGUUUUGUUUUAUCCCAUGCCUAAAUGUUUCCUGGCACAUAGGGGAUGUUUAAAUUCUCCACUUUACCAGUACUUGCAGGAUCUGGGACACACAGACUUUGAAAUAUGUUCUUCUUUGUCACCAAAAACAGAAAAAUGCAUGGCAGAGGGACAACAAAAGCUUCCUUCAAGAGUCCUACCAAAACAAGGCAUCCUGUUAAAAGUGGCUGAAACCAUCAAAAGUUGGAUUUUUUUUUCUCAGUGCAGUAAGAAAGAUGACUUACUUCACAAGUUGGAUAUUGGAUUUCGACUUGACUCACUACAUACCAUCCUGCAACAGGAAGUCUUGUUACAAGAGGAUGUGGAGCUGAUUGAGCUACUUGAUCCCAGUAUCCUGUCUGCAGGGCAACCUCAACAACAGGAAAAUGGACACCUUCCAACACUUUGCUCCCUGGCAACCCCUAAUAUUUGGGAUGUCUCAAUGCUAUUUGCCUUCAUUAGUUUGCUCAUUAUGUUUCCUACUUGGUGGAUUGUAUCUUCCUGGCUGGUGUGGGGAGUGAUUAUAUUUGUUUAUCUGGUCAUAAGAGCUUUGCGAUUUUGGAGGACAGCCAAACUACAAGUGACCCUAAAAAAAUAUAAUAUUCGUUUGGAAGAUAUGGCAGCAAAUAGCCGAGCUUUUACUAACCUUGUGAGGAAAGCAUUACGUCUCAUUCAAGAAACUGAAGUAAUUUCCAGAGGAUUUACACUUUUGCUUGACAGGGUCAGUGCUGCUUGCCCAUUUAAUAAAGCUGGACAGCAUCCCAGUCAGCAUCUCAUCGGUCUUCGGAAAGCUGUCUACAGAACUGUAAGAGCCAACUUUCAAGCAGCAAGGCUAGCUACCCUAUAUAUGCUGAAAAACUACCCCCUGAACUCUGAGAGUGACAAUGUAACCAACUACAUCUGUGUGGUGCCUUUUAAGGAGCUGGGCCUUGGACUUAGUGAAGAGCAGAUUUCAGAAGAGGAAGCACAUAACUUUACUGAUGGCUUCAGCCUGCCUGCAUUAAAGGUUUUAUUCCAACUGUGGGUGGCACAGAGUUCAGAGUUCUUCAGACGGUUAGCCCUAUUACUUUCUACAGCCAAUUCACCUCCAGGGCCCUUACUUACUCCAGCACUUUUGCCUCAUUGUAUCUUAUCUGAUGUGACUCAAGGUCUACCUCAUGCUCAUUCUGCCUGUUUGGAAGAACUUAAGCGCAGCUAUGAGUUCUAUCGGUACUUUGAAACUCAGCAUCAGUCAGUACCCCAGCGUUUAUCUAAAACUCAACAGAAGUCAAGAGAACUGAGUAACGUUCACACAGCAGUGCGCAGCUUACAGCUCCAUCUGAAAGCAUUACUGAAUGAGGUGAUAAUUCUUGAAGAUGAACUUGAAAAGCUUGUUUGUACUAAAGAAACACAAGAAUUAGUGUCAGAGGCUUAUCAAAUCUUAGAACAGAAAUUAAAGUUGAUUCAGCCCCAUGUUCAAGCAAGCAACAAUUGCUGGGAAGAGGCCAUUUCUCAGGUGGACAAACUACUACGAAGAAAUACAGAUAAAAAAGGCAAGCCUGAAGUAGGGUGUGAAAACCCACAUUGUACUGUGGUACCUUUAAUGAAACCCGCUCUACACAUUGCAGACAAAGAUCCAAUUCCUGAGGAGCAGGAAUUAGAAGCUUAUGUAGAUGAUAUAGACAUAGACAGUGAUUUCAGAAAGGAUGAUUUUUAUUACUUAUCUCAAGAAGAUAAAGAGAGACAGAAGCGUGAACAUGAAGAAUCCAAGAGGGUGCUCCAAGAAUUAAAAUCUGUGCUGGGAUUUAAAGCUUCAGAGGCAGAAAGGCAGAAGUGGAAACAACUUCUAUUUAGUGAUCAUGCCGUGUUGAAAUCCUUGUCUCCUGUAGACCCAAUGGAACCCAUAAGUAAAUCAGAACCAUCAAUGAAUUCAGAUAUGGGAAAAGUUGGUAAAAAUGAUACUGAAGAGGAAAAUAGUAAACCCUCCACAACUGAGAGUGAAAUAAGUAGGACUGAGUAUUUAUGUGAAAACCCUGUAGAGGAUAAAAAUAAAGACAAUUCUGCAAACAAAGUCUUCCUCCAAGGAGCAGAAGAAAGAAUGUAUUACCAAUGUGACAGUGAAGAUGAAUCUCAGGAGGCAGAUGGAGGUGGCAUGGCCACUGGCCCUCCAACUCACAGGGACUCAUUACAGCCCUCCAUUAAGCACAGGCUGGCACGGCUACAGCUGUCACCGGAUUUUACCUUCACUGCAGGCCUCGCUGCAGAAGUGGCUGCUAGAUCUCUCUCCUUUACCACCAUGCAAGAACAGACUUUUGGCGAUGAGGAGGAAGAACAAAUAAUAGAAGAAAAUAAAAAUGAUGUAGAAGAAAAAUAAGAACCAAGAUUCACAUGAAGUGAUUUUAGAUUGUUCCUUUUAUGAAAAUGUUUAGCUUCAAGACUGGAAAGGGAAAAUGAGUAUAAGUUUACUAUAUAUAUAAAGCUAAAAUGUGAAUUUACAGGAAGAACCCUGGUUUGAAUAAUUGAUCUGAAAUUAAGUAGUUACCUGUAAAUGGCAGUUGUGUUAGGAAAAUAAGAGAAAGGUAAGGGCUCUCUUGAAUAAACUGCUGUUUUAUUUGUGGCACAUCUGAUCAAUCUUGGGAAUUCUUUAAGUAUUUUUAAUAAGAAAUGAAUCAUCAUUUCUUGCCAGAAUUUGCUACCAUAAAGUAAUUGGGAUAAUUCUGUUGCAAGAACAUUAAUAUUUAGUAUGACUCCUUUUUACUGUAUUUUUGCAGUUAAUAACUGCAGCUAUUAUGUUAAUAACCAGUUGUUUGUAUUUCAUUUUUGUUUAUACCAAUCUUCGAACAUACAGGUUCUGAAUAAAAAAAUUAAUUCAUACAA